AGGCUGUUCCCUGUCCCACGCAACCAUUCCUCGCUUCACUUCCAAUCCUAUAUAAACAAUCCCUAGGGUUGCCUUUCCUUCGCCCCCAACUAAGCAUCAAGUAUUCCAAAACCCUAAUUGCAUCUCUCCUCGAGUCAUCCUCUCUCGUGUUUCCGCAGAGAAUCUUGAUCCUUCGACGUCAGGUGCUGCUGCAAUCAGCAGAUUUUCAAGGUGAAGGGUGUCAACGCUGAAGAUUCUUUUAUGUCCGUUCAGGCCAUUCACUCCUUGGGAUCUAUUGGGUUGCUUGGAGAAUAUCGUCCUCUAGCCAGAAAAAAGAACAGUCCUUUGCCAGCCAAAUUUGACUGUAUGCAUCUCGGGCCAUUUCGGGAACAUUCUGAGUUUCACGGUUGCAGCUGGUCGCAACCUUUCCUGAUUUCUGAGGAUUUGUCUUCUCUUGUCUACCAUAAAGCUAUAGAGGAAGAUAUUGCUGCCUUUACUUUGAGUUCUGGUAUUUGCUGCCUGUAACAAUAAGGGUUUCCAUUUUGAAUUGUUAAUCAAGAUGGCUUUGCAGAACAUUGGUGCUGGGAAUAGCGAUGAUGCCUUCUACAGGUAUAAAAUGCCAAAAAUGAUCACCAAAAUUGAAGGCCGGGGGAAUGGCAUCAAAACCAAUGUAGUCAACAUGGUUGAUGUUGCAAAGGCAUUGGGGAGGCCUGCCUCUUACACAACCAAGUAUUUUGGUUGUGAGCUUGGUGCUCAGUCUAAAUUUGAUGAUAAAACCGGGACUUCCCUUGUUAAUGGAUCACAUGACACUACUAAGCUCGCUGGUCUCCUUGAGAACUUCAUUAAGAAAUAUGUACAGUGUUAUGGUUGUGGAAACCCUGAAACAGAGAUUUUGAUUACCAAGAGUCAGAUGAUACAGUUGAAGUGUGCUGCUUGUGGUUUUGUCUCAGAUGUUGAUAUGAGGGAAAAGUUAACAACAUUCAUUUUGAAGAACCCUCCUGAACAGAAGAAGGGAUCAAAAGAGAAAAAGGGAUUAAGGAGGGCUGAAAAGGAGCGGCUUAAGGAAGGUGAUGCUGCUGAUGAGGAGCAGAAAAAAUUGAAAAAAGAUGGAAAAAAGAAAAAGGAAGGCACCAACAAAACUGGCUCUGUGAAGAAGAAAGCUGGUGGGUCUGAUGAAGAUCGCAUAUCACCAACACACAGCCAGGCUGGUGACAAGGAAGAUGCUGAUGAUGAUGAGGACGACAAUGAUGUUCAGUGGCAAACUGAUACAUCGCUUGAGGCUGCUCGUCAGCGUGUUCAGCAACAGCUGAGUGCUGUAACAGCUGAUAUGGUAAUGCUCUCUACUGAUGAAUCAGAGAAAAAGGCAAAGGCUGCUAAGGUAGAUGGGAGUCCUACUGGCACUUCUCCAGUGCACAGAGGGAGUCUGAAGGCUGAGAAUGGGAAAUCAAGCAUGCAUCAGACCCUUGUUGAUGAGUUGAAAGCAGACCUGAAGAAAGGAGUUUCUGCAAACCAACUGAAGUCCAUCUUGGGUUCUCUUUCUGGAUCUGCUGAGGAGAAGACGACUGCUCUGUUAGAGGCACUCUUUGAUGGUGUGGAGAAAGGUUUUGCAAAGGAAAUGGUCAAGAAGAAGAACUAUCUGGCUGCUGCAGUUGCUCAGGAUGGAGGAUCACAGUUAGUUUUGCUGAAAGCAAUCGAGGCAUUCUGUGGAAAGACCAACUCUGGUGCAUUGAAAGAAGUUGCUCUAGUUUUGAAAGAACUUUAUGAUGCAGAUGUGUUGGAGGAAGAGUUCGUUGUAAAGUGGUUUGAGGAGGGGCUUCAAGGGAGAAACAAAGAUUCUCAGAUAUGGAAGAAUGCUAAGCCCUUUGUAGAUUGGCUCCAGAGUGCUGAAUCAGAAUCUGAGGAGGAAUGAUGUGUUUCUUCUCACGUUGUAUGUUGUCAAUGGGUUUGUUGUCUUUUAUUUAGCUUUUCAUUUGUGCUGCUGGUACUACAAAUAAAGAGUGGUCCACUGGGUCUGUUCUGGUUUGGAGUUUGCCACAGAACUCUAGUUGUUAAAGUGUCAUUUUGUGUUGUGGUUUCUUCCAGAGUCUUUUAUCUUAUGCGUCUAUUGUUUGUCUGUAACCUGUGGCCACAAAGUCUUGUGACAUUCUAAUGUUAUUUACUUUCAGUUAUAUUCUCUUUUAUUUAAUCAAUUAAUCAAUUGGCC